GGAUGGCACAAUUUAGGAUAUGAAGAGCUAUCAUCCCAGAUUUGGGCAAGGCCCACAUUCAGGGUAGAAGCGGAACUAACACCGAUGCAGCAGCCCCCUUCCGAGCAGAGAACGGCAACUGCUGUGAAACUGUUCCAAUGCUGCAGGGUGGGGAGGAAGUCGGUUGGGCUACACAACCUCAGGAGCACCACUCCAUAAUCAGGCACUGCGUUCUGAGCCGUAAGGAUGAAAACAUAGAGACUAUUACAUUGUGCGGCUGGGCUCCCGCACGAAUACAUUUAUUUUUCAUUGCAGAAUACGAAGGAACGCCGCGCUGAGGAAACAGCCCGCGGCUUCCCCCCACAAGGCCCGGGGUCGGCCCCAAGGUACUCCGUCAGCCGGGGGAACUGGAAGCUCCGCGCCUCCGCCCGGAGCGGCCCCGCAGGGCGACACCCGCUCUCCCCCGCCCUUUGCCGUAGCGGAGCUCCACGGGAUAUGUAGUUGCUUUCCCUCCCGCCCGCACGUUCUGGGGGAGUUCCCUGCACCCAGGGUGCUCCGCGCGCAGCAAAGGGCGAAUGGGGAAGCGGUGGGGAGCAGGGAAGGAGGUGCGGACUACGUCUCCCAUGGUGCCCCGCUAGGCGCGGCGGUUGGAGGAACCGGCGCGGCGGUUGAAUUCCGGCGGGUAGAGAGGCGCGAUGGAGUUGUCCUCGCUCGUCAGGAAGCUGGGUCAUGAACUGGCAGAGAUAAGAGAACGGUCGCUGAAGAGCAUUCUGUUUAAAUUGGAUCAUAACUUGCUUUCCUAUGCUGAUCUUGUCCAUGAGAAAGUGCUUUUCCCCAGUCUCUUGGAGUGGUUCAACUUUCCCAUAGUGCCAAUGAAGGAGGAAGUGCUGAAUUUUGUGAGCAGUUUGAUCAAGCAUCCACCUGCUGCCCAGAAAAUGAUUGAAAUUGGUGCAGUGGAGUUCUUCUCUCAGCUCCGCUCUGACGUGGAUCCGAACUUGCAAGCUAUAAUAGAUGGGAUAGUGGAUGGACUGUUCUUACUUCCUUCUGAAAUUCCUUCUAGUUAUUUAUCAGGGUGUUACCAAACUCAGUCUCAGCCUUCAGUAGAUCAACCAGUUCUGCCUCAAGGGGAAUUAUUUACUGGAUAUUUUGGUCAAGAUAGAAGUCAUAUGCGACAGUUAGAAGUACCUCUGAAAAGAACACUGGCGAAAUGCUUGAAAUUUUCCACAUUUCCUUGGCUUACUCUUACUUCAACAGAUAGACACAUUCUUUCAUCAAAUGAAAGCUCUUUAAGAAGUAGCAACCAGAGUUUAAUUUGGAGUACAUGUGAACUUCUUCAGGAUGUGAUUAUGCAAGAUUUUCCUGCUGAGAUCUUCCUUCAGAGACCAAAGAUUGUACAGAGCCUUUUAUCUCUACUAAACCUAGCUUUUGGAGGAGAUGGAAGACAUCGAUUAGCUUUACAGGCUGUAUCAUGUCUGCAACAGCUGUGCAUCUUCUUAAGAAGCAGACUUAACUUUCACAGAGAUCCAAGUUUUUUUUCCACUGAGCAGGGCACAACUUCCCAGAAUUCUUCUAUAUCUUACUGUGAAGAAGCAAGAGGUGCUCCUCGUUCUCAGAAUCCGUCACCUGGAAGUAGUAGUCCUCGGCCAUCCGUGAUUGGACGGACAGUUCAGCGUCCUAGAGGAGACGGUCAAGAUUGGGAUGCAGCGUCUUCUAGUGGAAACAGUACUCAAGCAAAUGCAGACUCGAGAAUCUCUCUGCAUUCUCCACUUGAUGCAGGACAUACUGAUCUACCAGAUGUUGGAAAUGAGGACACUUUGGAAUUACAGAUGAAGCAGUUUAGCCUUCCUCAGUUCUGUGUUUCCAUCUUGGAAAAUGCUAUACCUCUUCUAAGAACAGGCAGCAGAAAGAUGACGAUGGAAGUUCUUGAGUUGCUUGUUGAAGACAUGUACCUUAUUGGUGAUGCUAUUUCUGAGAACGUUUGGGAAGAUGAGAGCCUUUUUGGACUGGAAUUAAAAGACAAAUUGCUUCUGGUCUUGGGUUUGCUUGGAGAAACUAUACUAUAUCACAAAACCAAUAUAAGUGCAGAGCAGCCUGAGGUGAUGAUGGUGCAUCACAGAAUGGCAUUUGUUAGCAUUUCACUUUUCACAGUUAGAUUGCUGCAAACACUUCUUCCUGUAGAAAAGGCGAGCAAAGUUUUGCAAAAGAGCUUGCUGAGUGCUUUAUUCCUUCUGUCUCUGGACGUGCCCUUUUCCUUGGAAUAUCCAAGCAUUCACGAAGCCAUUGCAGCCUAUUUGGAGCAGAUGAGUUCUGAGAACUACAGUAUUUAUAAACGAGCUUCAGAAGCUGCUUAUUCGAUUGAAUGUACUUGUAGCUUUAUGAUUGAAGUUCAUAAGAAGGGGGAGAAGAAUCUUACUGAAUUGGUAGAAUUGGCAGAUCAGGCCUUACAUAGCCUACCCUACCAUCAACACAUGGCCUUGCUUCAGGAGAGCAUUCACGUAUGUUCUAAUAUUUCUAAGUCUGGCCAGGCUGACCCAUUGCUCCACGCUGAGAGUCAGAACGUGCUUCUCCGUCUACUGGCUCAUCCUUUGCUGAACAUAAAAGCUGAAGCCUAUCGCUGCUGUCUGGAAGUGGUUAAGGACUGUUUAGAUAUUCAUAACAUUGCUGAAUCUGUGUCUUCAAUCUGCCAUGGAGUACAUUUUCUUCUUCAUCCAAAAGUUUUGUAUGAAAUUGCUACUUUUGGACUUCAGGAAGAAAAAAAUGAGGUAAACUCCAUUGCCAAGGCCAUUCUGAUGCAUCUAUUGCAGGGCCAAUUAGUAAUGACGAUACUGACAUGGAACAAGUUUCUUGAGGCUCUCUAUCCCAUCAUUCCUAUUUUACAGGGUUAUGCUGACACAAAGGAUAAGCUAGGUAACUGCAUCCUCACUUUGAGUGAAACAUCGUCUGACAAAGGAGAUGGUAUUCUCCCUAGAACUACUAGACUACGAGCUGCUCUGCGUCUUCUCUUCUCAAAAAAGCACUUGGUUCGUUCUGUAGCACUUAAACAUUUAUUAUUCCAUCUGUUGAAUGAAGAAGAAGCGAGCUUGAAACGUCCAUGUCUGCAUGGCAGUGUGUUUUCUAGUAUAUCUAACUUAUUUAUUAUUGAAAGAGCUAUUGAGCUGAAGUUGGAUGAUAAAACGGAGUCUAUAUUUAAGGUAGAAACAAUUGAAAAGCUUUAUGACAUCUUGACUUCUGAUGCUGUUGACAUAGUUUUACGAAAGUCUGCAGCUGAGCAGCUGGCCAUCAUUUUACAAGAUACCAACAUGCAUAGUAUUGUGAAAAAGCUGGGUGUGGUAGAAAAGGUUUUGGCUUACCUUAGUGAAUGUGUACAUGUGAAUGGCAAGGUUAUGGAAUCCAUAGUAUUACCAUGUCUGACUCUCUUACGGAAACUCAUAUAUGCUGAUCCAGAUGUUCGUUUGUCCCUAGCACAGCAGUCAUCUUUGUUGCUUUUACUAUUCAGAGUUUCCCUGAUAUUCCAAAAUGAUCAAGCUGUUUUAACGGAAGCUACGGUAUUGCUUUGUCUUCUGUUGUUUGAUGAAGUAUCAAGAGCAGACACGUGGACUGAUAGCAUAAGCAAUAAUGGUACUGUCCUACCUUCCUUCAGUUUACCUGUUGCUGUUGUUAGACGAUAUCAUCUCCCAGUCAAGAUCACUGCUCAUCAUAUAGUUAGCCCUAAUUCUGUUGUAGUGCCAUUGUCUUCUGAAUGCUUGACUAUGAAACCUGUGUCAGAUAUGCUAAGGAUGUCUUGGAAUAUGUCAUGGUACCAUGGGACUGAAAACCUGUUGCAGCUGAAAAAUUAUGAGAAGCAAGCAGAAACAUUUUUAGACACACUAAAACUCUCCUCAGAAGACAUUCUUAUACUGAAAAUAACUCGCACAACCUAUGGACUGCAGGACUGUCUUAAUUCAAUCAUUCAGGCAGUAUCCCACAGGGAUGUUAAAGCUUCUCUCACUAGGCUGAGCUUUUAUGCUCUGAAUGACAGACUUGCUUUAAAAUGCAUCUCUGGGUCUUGUCGAACCAUUUUGAAGAGCAUUGUUUGGCAGAAAGCAAUAAACAGAUUUUUGCAAGUGCUUCCAGCUUCUGCUGAGGAUGAGAAGCUUUUGGUAGAUGUCCUAAGAUUUUUAAACAAAUUGUGUAGAGAGCAGAGAGCAAGCUUGGAGGCAGAUCAUCUAAAGUGGAUCCUGAAAUCACUGCUUAAAAAUAAAUCAAAUUCCCUUUUGGGCCUCUUGGCACGACCAGAAUCGCAAAUGCGGGAUGAAAUAGAUGAAAUACAGACUGCUGUCAGACAACAACUGGAUAAAGAACUCAUUCAUCUUUUUAACACACUGUUAUUUUGUUCAAUGUCAGUGACUGACAGAGAGGGCUUGGAACUUGCUGGCUGUUUCAGAACUGAGCUGGCUCUCAAGCUGCUACAGUGCUUAAGGCUAACAGAUGCACCACAUUUUUAUGGACUUCCGUCACUGGAGAGAACAUUGAGAGGAAUGGUUCAUGUUACUGCACUUCCAAACUGGAGUACAUAUUCUGCUACCACUGAACCUGUUACAAUUUGUAAGAAAUAUUUAACAGGUCUCCUUGAGGUCAUCUCAUCGUUUUAUGUUGAAUGGGGAGGAAAUGCUAUGUCCUUCAUGGGAAAGGGUGUUACAAAAAGCACUGUUCUUUGUUUGCUUCAUUUAUCUCAUGAAAUGAUGGCUCAAGCUAAGGAUACUGACUGGGUAUCUCUUUGGUCUUUGCCUUACAAUAACAGUGAAGAUCAAGUUCCUUCUCACCUAGGUCUGACAUGGCUGGUUCCUUUAUGGGUAGAUAGAGAUCCUGAGGUCAGAUUUACUGCGCUUGGAAUAGGAUCAGCUCUUACAUCUCUUGAAAUAGGUUGUAUUGCUUUAGCACAGAGUUGCCAGAACAUUUCAGGAGGACUGUGGGGAACAGCAUUAAACAUCUUCCUAGACCAAUCUGAAUGCAGCAUGGUACGCAGGGAGGCUGCUUUUAUUCUACAAAAUCUCCUUGUGAUCCCAAUUCCUACUGAAGAUCUAAAAGACUGUGUUUGGCAAGGACCCUGUGUACAUGAUGAAGAAACUGGCCUCUUCCAGACUGGAAAACCUGCGCUUGAGGCUCUUUUGCAUCACUGUCAGUUUUAUGAACACUUGAAUCAGAUGGUGAAACACUGUUACCUAGGUUGUUACAUGUUUGAUUUGAAUUCUUCCAAGGAAGACAACCACAUCAUUGAAAAAAAUGGUUCAACUGAUUUUGAUGAUUCUCUUAAUCUUUGGAAGGUUCUAUCCAGUCAAAGCCCAUCUUCACAUUCUCAAUCAACAUCAGAAACUAUGAUUCUGUCUGCAUCACCAGCACCAGGGAGUGUUACUGAGCUUCAGGUUGCAGUUCCAACAAAUUCAACCAGUUUCAUUCCUGAAACUGCAGUUAAUAGGCUUAUGGCCCAAGGUCAAAGUGAUACUACCACAACAGCAUCUCCAAGUCAACAUGAUUCUCCUAUGUCUGCUGCAAUGUCUAAACAGUGUGCUGUAGUCACACCUGCACUUUUGUCAGCUGUUUGCAGCCUUCUGCACAAUCUACUGAUUGUUACACCAAAAGAUACUGGAAUUGCCCUUCAACGACAUUUGCUAACAGCUCUCAGCAGUCUUGUAAGUGCUAAUCUGGUUGAGAGAUGUAUCUUGGAACUGAAAGCUCCAUUGGGUAAUCCAUGUCAUACAGAACAUGUAAAAGCUCAGGUAUUAUUACUACUUCAAUACUUAUCAUCUGUGUCCAGGCUUCUGAAGUCAUGUUUACUGGUGGACUCUCAGCUUGUAAUUCAGGAUGAGCUGUUGAAACCUCUCUUAAGAAAUGCCUUCACAAUUCUCUCCAUUCGCUCUAAAGAUGGGCUAGAUACUGAGUUAAUAUCUGUACUUCAUGAAACCUGGAUAGAUUUCUUCAACCUUCUAACUACGUUAUUGUGGAACAGUAGCCAAAUAGCUUUUCCAUUUGUGGCAGCAGCUCUUGCAAGUCAUUGUACAACAAUAAUUGAUACAAUUUGUGACUGUAUUCAUCUGUCAACCAGUCAUCCAGCUUUAUAUACGGCUAGUUUACAGUUCCUCUCUGUCCUUUUGAAUGAAGAAGGAAGAAGACAACUGCAAGAUAAACAGAAUAUAUGUCAGGAUCCAACUAUUAGCUUUCUUUUAGAUCACGCUGAGGAAUGUCAGGCAUCAGUGACUCAACUUACUGAAUUAAUUAUUCAGGUUUGUGAAAAGAAAUCUUCAAAGGAUGUGCUGAAAGAAGUUGCUGCAAAUGCAUUGCUCUCUCUAUUAGCUGUCAGUAAAAAUGCCCAGAAAUAUGCAUUGGAAGUUGACCUGAUAGGUAACUGUGUAGAACAGAUGAAACAAAUUCACACGCAGCUGAAUUUGGAUUCUCUAAAGCCUGGGAAAGCACAGAAAAAAAAGGAGGAUAGCCUUAACAAGCGGUUAAGAUGUGCAAUGCAGCUUCUUAGAAACUGCCUCUUUCAAAAUGAAGAAUGCAAGAUAGCAGCACUCAAAGCUCAUCUUGUUCCUGUUCUGCAUUUGCUAUGGCCAUGGUUUUUAAUAGAUGAUUCCUCAAUGGAAAUAGCUCUGCAUUUGCUUUGUGUCUACACUGCGUACUAUCCUGCAGGUUGUGCUUCACUUUGUUGGACCAGUGGUGGACAAUCACUUGUGUCUGUACGAAGUGCAGCUGGCAGUUCAUUAAUGCAUAACAUCUUGAAAUUGGCUUCCCAAGUAUCCAGUGAUAACAGCCCAGUUCACCACGUGAUCUUUGAUCUUCUUUCUAACCUUGCUCUAUCUCAUGACUGUAAAGGUAUUAUUCAGAAAAGUAACUUCCUGCAGAACUUUUUGUCUCUUUCAUUACCAAAAGGAAGUCAUAAAAGUCCUAGCAAUGUAUAUACUCUUUGGCUAAAGCUGCUACUGAACAUAUCUUUUGGAGAAGACGGACAGCAAAUGAUUAUGAAGAUAAAUGGGUUUUUAGACCAGAUAGUGGAAAUGUGCAAAUGCAAGCACAAGAGCAGCCAAAAUAUAGCACUACUUAUUCUACAUAACAUAUGUUUUAGUCCAACAAAUAAGCCCAAGAUAUUAGCUAAUGAUAAAGCUAUUGCAGUGCUAGCUACCAGUUUGGAAAGUGAUAGUAGUGCAGUUCAGAGAAUUGGAGCAGCUUCACUUUGGGCUUUGCUUCACAACUAUCAGAAGGCAAAAGUGACUUUGAAGAAUCCAUCAGUAAGGAGAAAAAUAGAUGAAGCUUAUUCUUUAGUGAAAACUACUCCGCAGCCAGAAAGAAAUGAGCUAAAUGCCUACUACUUAAAAUGCUUAGAGAAUGUAGUGCAGCUUCUUGAUUGCUGAUGAUUAUCAGGUGAAUUCUCAUCUUGAAAUCAGACAGAUUGCUCAACGGGAGCCUGGAAUUCAAAGAAAGCACUUCUAAUUCACAGAUUUAUGGCAGCAGCGUGCAUGCUAUGGAAGAAAUUUAUGAAGUCUUUGAGAAAGGGAGUUGAUUGCUUUGAACCAAAGAAGUUGCAUUAAAUGUAGCUUAGACUUUUUGUACUCUGAUCCCAAUGGGAAAUUAUAAUGAUGCUGCUAUGUAAAGUAUGUAUGAAGAAGAAUGAAUGUACAGACAAAAAGGAUGUGAAAAGACGGUAAUUUUCUUAAAUUAUAUAUUGAAAUUGUUACUAUAAGUUAUUAGAAUUGCUGCUUUGCAUUGGUCUUAAUAAAGUUUUGCUUUGUUUUUUGUUUGUUUAAUUCAGUUAAAUGUUUGUCUGUAGUCUGUAAUUUGUAAUGUUGCAGAUGAGCACACUGGAAACAGAUUUAAGAACUUAAAAUAUUGAUAGUCAUGUUGUGUUGUACCUGUUAGAUAUAUAGCAGCAACCUAUGAUCCCUUCCAACACAACUCACUCUAUGACUUCAUGAAAUAGAUUAUGUGUGUGACUUGAUACUGCUCGGAUGACAUAACCAUGAUCCUUACAGUAACUGGAUUACGUCAUUACUAGAAAUGUAAUUUCAUUAUCAAAUAACCAUCCUUUCCCUGACAAAACAAAAAGCAAAGAGAGACCAUCAAAGCCUGAUUCUUUUCCAUUUCAUACCUUGUGUAUGGUUACUUGCAAAGUGGUUGUUAAAUGCUGCCGUUCUCAUUUCAUAGUAUUGCAGAACCCUAAGCUGCAAGGCUAGUGAGAAUGAGAAUGCUCAACAGUAGGUAGCUCUGCAAGUUAGUGUUUUCUGUCUAGGCUUAGUGGAUAGGUAUCACACUAGCAAGUGCUGAUUCUUCUUUGUUUCAGCAUAAUCAACCCUGAUGAUUUCUCUCAAUUCAAGUUGUAAGUCACAACAUAGAUUGUUUGCCACUUUGUUUCCUUUGUCAGAACACAAAAAUGAGAGCACUUAUUGCCAAAUUAGUUUUAAUGGAAGUAAGCAAUCAUUUAGCAAGAGCUCUUUCAAAGUGCAGUAAUACAUGUGGAUCUGACUAGAUGAAAUAGAGCUGUAUUUUUAAAGCUAAUUCAGCCUUAAAUUUUAUUUCAGUCUGAUUCAUAUUAAAAUGUUUUUAGUGAUCCAGAAUUCUUAAAGUCCAUAGCCUUGUAAAGAAAGCAGUAUAUUCUCAAGAAAUAGAAUUAUGCAAAGUUGCAGAGUGCAAAUUAAGAGAUAUUUGAAGUCUCAUGGCUCUAGUGGCAAACUAACAGCCUCACCACUGAUCUAUUUAAGUCUGUACAGACAUGGAUUUGUUUUGUAAAAUCUUUACAGGAUGCUAGAUAUCAGUUCAUUGUUUGUUUUUUUUUCUGAAUAUCCAUAAUCAUGGUUGAAUUAUAUCAUUGAAUUAGCAUACAAUACAUUAAGAACAUAAAACAGAUGCCAAUUUACUCUUAAGUGUUUCAAUGUUACUGUAGAAAUUUCUACUGAGCUGUAGAAAUUCUUGGAGAAAUGACUCAUGUUAAAAAAUCCAGAAAAAUUGCUAGUAUAUUUGUUGUUACAGAGCAGAGAUAUAAUUUCUAUUUUCUCUGUAUUUUGAGAUGUUUUACGGUAACGGGAGACAACUGUAGCAAUGGUAUAAGUAAAUACUUGUGGUUGGUAUUUAUUUAUCCUCAGGAAAAUGAAAACAUUUUAGCCUCUUGAGAGUAUAUACUUCAAAUCUCUGGACCUGCUCCAACAGCUCUAUGUCCUUCUGGUUUUGGGGACCCCAGAACUGGAUGCAGUACUCCAGGUGAGGUCUCACGAGAGAAGAGGCAGAAUCGCCUCCCUUGACCUGCUGGUCAUGCUUCUCUUAAUGCAACCCAGGAUGGCCGCCUGGGCUGCAAGUGCACAUUGCUGGCUCAUGUUGAAUCUUUCAUCAGCCAACACCCUCAAAUCCUCCUCAGGGCUGUAUCUGUGCUUGAGAUUGCCCCAACCCAGGUAAGGAACCUUGUACUUGGCCUUGUUGAACUUCAAGAAGUUGGCAUGGAUCUGCCUCUCAAGCCUGUCCAGGUCCCUCUGGAUGGCAUCCCUUUCCUCUGGAAGUCAACUGCACCCCACAGCUUGGUGUCAUCUGCAAACUUGCUGAGGAUGCACUCAAUCCCACUGUCCAUGUCACCUACAAAGAUGUUAAAUAACACCGGUCCCAGCACUGAUACCUGAGGAACGCCAUUCGUCACUAGUCUCCAGUUGGACAUCGAGCCACUCACUGCAACUCUCUGAGUGCAACCAUCCAGCCAAUUCCUUAUCCAGUGAGUGGUCCAUUCAUCAAAUCCAUUUUUCUCCAGUUUGGCAACCAAGAUGUCAUGAGAGACAGUGUCAAAUGCUUUCCACAAGUCCAGGUAGAUGAUGUCAGUUGCUCUUCCUUUAUCCACUGACACUGUAACUCUAUCAUAAAAAUGUCAAGUCUGUCAAACGUGACUUGCCCUUGGUGAAGCCAUAUUGGUUACCACCAAUCACCUCACCUGUAUUUUCUGUGCUCCUUAGUAAGGCCUUCAGGAGGAUCUGCUCCAUGAAUUACCUCACCUUGUUCAGUAACUCUGUAAUAAAUUAAUUGAAGACUCUUAA